AUGGCAUCAAUCCCCUUUUCGCUGGAUACCGCUAAGAAAGCCCUCCGCGACGAGGGCUUUGUUGAUCUGAGAGAUCUGAAGGUGGGACAGCAUAUCUGGGAGUUCGAGCAGAAAGGGUUCCCUUUCUUCACGAAGGAUGGCUUGGACUUUUUACAACAGCGCGUCCUUGGCAAUCCCGACAUACGAUCCAUAGUGGAAUGGUUCUUCGAGGAUAAAAGAUGCAUUCUGGCUCAUUGCCUGAGAUGGGGGGCAUUGCCAGGCCAUAUCGAGUGCUUCCUGGCCGGUGGUAGAGACGCUGGCCGUCGCGUCCUUAUGGUCCAGCUGUUAGCGAAAGGGUCCCGUGUGGACUACUAUGCCUCUUCUCACCUAAAGUCAUUGCCUACUGAAAAUGGGCCGAGAUCCACGCACGAACUAUCCCCAGCCGCGCUUCAGCAGGAAGGCUGUAAAGUUCAUGACGGGAACUUUAGUGCUGGCGGCUUAGUGAUUCUUGACGCCCGACUUGGCCGCGAAACCCGAGCAGGUUACGCAAUCACUGUUACAUUCAUGAUUGAGGAUCUAGUCACCGGGUUGCCAAAAAUGGUUCUUCCAAACCUUCCAGGACUGAAAGAAAAGGUCGCAGAGAUGGAGAGUGAAAAGAUUGGAGUCAACUUUGCGUUUGGAAAUGUUUCCUAG